AUGGGUAAGUCCACCGCCGCAUCUUUCUUACCGAAAAUACGCAAAAAUUCCGGACAGCAACAAUUCCCAUACGAAGUUUGCCCCAUCAGCGAAAUCGACAACGAAGAUCCAACACGGAUUUCCUCGGAUGUGUCUCUGCAUUCACUGGACUCCCAUCAAAUCUUUUGCAGUCAGGACCAGUACUGCAAGCAUGUGAACAUGAACGAGUCUAAUCACGAGGAGGGCGGACGAUCGCCAAGUUCUACAAGCCACAACACCAGACCCCACAAAAGGUCCACAGUACGCACCGUGACCGCAUGUACUGCAUCCACGUCCAAUGGUAAAAGAAUUUCAGUUUAUCAUUCCCUUGCUGUAACUCGUGGGCGUACUGCCGCUCCCCCUGCCAGACUCCAACCCAUCUAUCAGAAGCCAAAGGAUCCACUAGCUGUGUUUCAACGGGAUCUGAUCGAUCCCUAUGUGCCUCAUCCACAUCCAAGCCUGCCGUCACCACUGAUGGCAGCCCCAGUGGACAUACUUCCAGCCGAGGGUCCAAAUCAACCCUCGCCAAGAACCACACCACUGCCUGGAGGGCACACAGACAGCUGCCUCUUAAAUCGCUCCCGAAGAGGGUACAGUGAUUGCCAAGGCGGUACAACGGCAACUAGGACAGAGCAGCUACAGUCAAGUUAUCAGCAGGGUGUCAACUCACCUGGUCUAGAUAGGAACAUGCCAGGACAUUCAUCCACUCAUCCAACAGACGUAUACAAUAGAGACGGCAGCUACUACAGGAGUUCAUCUGCGGCCAGUCAGAAUUCGCCUUCACGGUACACUGCUGUAUCUUCACCGCCUGGGCAACCCGCACAGGUUGUAGUGGUCUCGGGUACUUCUAUGCUAUCGCAUGGAGUCAACCGACCAACGGCCCUGAGUCCAACUAGUCGAACUCGGUCGGAAGGAGGAGGAGCAGAUGUUGCGAUGGAGAAGUCAGUCGCUUGCAUAGUUUCUCGGCCCCAGAUCAUGACGGGCGGCGUACACGCGCGCCUACCGCAAACUGCAGUGCAGGUUGCCUCCACAACUACCAUCCUUCCAGGCAGCUCAGCAUCGAAAUAUCCCCAGUCGGUGGAGAUGCAAGACACAAUUGGCCUUCCGGCUGACGCCUACGUACAACAACAACAGGAUCUGCUGAUCCAGAAGCUGCAACAGGCCAGCAGAAAACUGGCAGACUCAAUAUCGCGUCAGCAGGGUCUUCCUGUUGAGGAAGGCUGGCAAAAUGGGGCAGCAAAUAGCCUGCAGCUCCAAGGACAGCCAGGCCGAACAAGUCCCCUUUCCUUUCAAGCUCAUAUGGUUGCUGGCAGCAACCAGGCCCCUUUCCAGAAUGCACACCUGCCUGAAAAUGUGUCCACCCCUAAUGCUCUCCCGGGAGCUUUAAAUGUGCAGGGCAAUAGGCCAGAAGUUGGUGGUCGACAGACAAUCAACGAAUCCCAACAAAAGGUUAUUGUUUUCACCAGACCACAGAAGGCCAGACGCUCUCUAGCUACGAGUCAGCCCGUAGAAACGGCCGUACCGAGCCAGCUACUGAAACAGGUUGGUCGAAUAGAAAAUUCGCUUGGACAAGAGGCUGUGGAGAGAAACACAGAAGACGGAUCGGAGCCUGUUUACGAAAGCUCAGGUCUCUGUGAUAUUCGACAGGGUCUCGGAACAGAAUAUCAGACCUACUCCGAAAGAGGAGGAUUCAGGACUAAUCAGAUCCCAGCUAUGGGAUCCCAAGGAGUUCAAGACCAAAAAAGAAUGGAUCCAUCGGUUGACAUCCAGGGUCAAGCACCAGUGCACGCUGGUCAACCGCUAGAUCGCGCUCUG